AUGUCGUGCCGAAAGCUGAGAAACAUUCUGACUUGUGUCGAUAUCGAUUCUUGGGUUUCUCACAAGCUUGUCCGCAAUGCUCUCUUUUUCAAGGCCGGGCCUCCAUACAAACAACGCGCCCUUUCCACAACUGCUAACUUCUCCGUUGAGAGGAGAUAUAAUUAUCAUUUGGCUAAGAUGGUUGAGUUUAAAUCACCUAACCCGCGAUGCAUUGUUUAUAUUGACCUCAAAUGGGAAGAGUGUGCUUAUCUAUUAUCAAAGCGUCAGAGUUAUGUUAAGCUUUUCCCUCUUGAUGGUAAAGGCUUCUUCCUAUUUGCAAAAUUCAUUUGUCAAGUGAACUUUUCCUCCUUUGGACUUUUCUUGGGAAUGCAAGAUAAGGGUUGUUUGUAUUCGUCUGUUUCGGUUGAGUACGAGUUUUCAGCUAGGACACCACAGACGGUGGAUUUCCUAGAUGAAGAUAGUGUAAAUUUCAUUGAUGGAGUCCUCCAACAAAAAGCAGAGAUCAUGAUCGACAAAUGA